AUUUGAGAAUAGUCAUCGAUACGUUAGUCUCGACUCAUCGAUAACAGAAAAGAAUGUAGAAUAUCGUUUGUGCCCAGCUCUAAGCAACAAAAACUUUAGUGAAAAGUCGGCAGAGAAAUGCAACGCCAAAUUAACUAAAUUUGCAGCGAAAACUGAUACAAAAUCCCAUAAGAAGUAUACACAACAGGAGCAGAAGAAGAGCAUAGUUAACUCAAACCACUGGCGACGGAAUUCAGUGACUAACGGUGGCUGCAACAUUUAAAUGGCCAAUGGCAAUGGGAACAAUAUCAAUACGGAUGAUGCUGCCGCUGCUGCCAAUACAGCCACAGCUGCACAGGAGCAACAGCACCUGACCGGUGAUGGCAACGGAGCCUGCGGCGAUGUCAAGUUACCCGCAAGUACGCGUAGCGACAAUGUCAACGACCUGGUGGCAGACUUAUGGCUAAAUGGCAGCGCCAGCAGCUCUAGUCGUGGUGAUUACACAAAUAUACGGGCCACGACUGGUUCGGCGACCAUGAAUGCUACAACAGCAACAGCAGCCGCAGCGCCCCUACCAGCAACAGCAACAGCGAGUGCAACAAACAGCACGAAUGCCACCGCCUCCGCUUCUUCCUCAUCCACAUCAACAUUUUCCUUUAAGCACUUUCUCAACAGCAGCGGCACAAUUACAGCGCCAAGCAGCACAGUCACGUCCCUUGAUGCAACGGGCGGCACGAGUGCUUGCAGCAGCAGUAGCAACAGCAACAACACAAAUGCAAGCUCAACAUCAACCGCUGCACUGCAAACGUCAACGGGCGCCAGGCCAAAGGUUCCCCAAUCUGCAUCCGUGAGCCAUAUGCAGCCGGAUUUGAAUGGCAGCGCCGCCUCUAAGAUGAAGCGUUCGCCACGGUUCAGCUCCUUUGACUCGCAGGCGAGUCUGGCCGAGUAUGCAGCAUGUGGCGGAAGUGUCAACAGCUCCAGUUCGACACGGCUACGUCCUGAUUUGCGACUAGAGGUGGAGCGCAGUGGCAUCAUGCUGGAUGACGAUGAUGACUACGAACACUUGGGCCUAGCCCAUGUGCGGAAUAGUCGCCUGUACGAUGACCACGUCGACGAUGAUAUAUUUCCUUCAUCUUCGUCGAGUUUGCACGUGUCGGCCAGCAAUUCGCGCUACGUGCCGCGAUCCUAUUCCAGCUACGAUAUGCCACCGCAUGCUGCAUGCGCUGCCGCUGCUGCAGCGUCGCCUCGGCGUCGACCUGCUUUGCGUCCGAAUCGCUUGGUUCUGGCUUCGGCUUCGCCCAAAAUGAAGCUCGAUCUGCCGCUGGACACGUCAAACGUGGCUGGCGCCGCAUCGGCUCUGCCCGACUUUGUGCAGGAUCAUUUACCGGACUCGUGGUGCCAGGAGGCGCAUCUCAGUUCGCCACCCAACUCGCCUUUAGGCGCUGCCGAGGCGCCCAGCUGCAGCAGCGCCAUGGGUGGCGGCAAUGGUGGUGCUCUGCUCUUGCCCGCUGCCGCGACCGCUGGUCUGCCCAACACUUCAACGAUGCAAUCCGCUGGUGAUGCGACUGGGUCUACGGUUAAAAUGCUGCCCGAUUUUCUGUCUGACGGUCCCAUUCUGCACUCGUCACAGCGCAUGGCGGAUGUGGCCAUUGGGCUGCCCUCGAAUUCCAUAGAUUCUCCGCCCCAGGAAUCGGAUGGCGGUGUGUCCUGCACACUGCGCCAAGAGAACGAGCGGCUGCUGCGCGAACUGCAAGAGAUGCGUGUAGAGCUGAAUGCGCAAACUCGGCGCGCUCAGGACUAUGAGCAGCAGUUGCUGGCUUUGGGCGAUGCACGAAGACGUGAAACGUUGGCGGCCACAGCACAAAGUCAGAAUACGCAGCGCUUGCGGCGACAGGUGGCGCAGCUGGAGGCUGAGCUGUUCGAGCUGCGACACAGUAGUGAUGAGCUAACGGCUGGUGCCGCAGGCGCUGCGGGAGCAGCAGCAGCUGUUGGUGGGGCUUCGGUGAUAACGCCAGGCAGCAGCCACAGCAGCAGCAGCAACACAUCGCGUCCGUCCAGAACGCAUCAAUUGUCGCGCGAUUUACUGCGAGCUGCGGACAAUGCUGAGCAGAAUUUGAGGCAACUGUUGGCUGGCGUGGAUAAUCUGCGUCAAAUGGCGGCCAGCUUGGAGCCAUCGACGGCGACAGCAGCCACGCCUCGUAGCCCCAAUUCGGAUCAGUACACCGACUUUAAUUAGAAACUUUCAUUUGGGUGCAGUUGUUGAUGAUGAUUAUGAUGAUAAUAAUGAUGAGAUGAUGCUGAUGCUGUGUGUGUAUGUGUGUUUGUGUGCUUUUUACUCGAAAUUCAUUCAGUUUUGUUACUCAUAAGCCGCCCAACCAACUCCACCUAGCGCUUGUUUUUAGCAACCGAAAAAACCUUUUAUAUCGAGCUAUAAAUAUAUAUACAUAUACAAUCAAAAGUCUAUAUACAA